AUAAUAUAGAGGGAAAUCUAUAGUAAUCGUAUUAUUUACAAGGUAAGUUUUACUUUGUUAAUAAUAAACAUUUGAUAAUAAAGUGUAAUGACUAGGAUUCUAGCCUUCUAAUCUAGCCUUUCCAGACCCAUCUCUUUUCCUUUUCAAACAUUUGUUAUUGUUUUAGAAAGAAAAUAAAUCAUGUGGUGAUAAAGAUAAAGUGCAAACAAAGUGUAUAACCAUAGACAAUAUUAUAACUAAUUCAAGUAUAUUUUUAAAUUUAAUCGAACGGUUGUAAGUUUGUACCUACAGUGCUCGCGAGCAUACUGAAUCUGACCCGAGAAUAAAGUAGAACAUAAGGAUGCAGAGAGAGAAGGAGACACAUCAAGCUCCCUGUCUCCUCUACUUUGCUUACCCUUCACAUCUAAGCCCUCCUUUCUUUCUGCUUCCUUCUUUUCUGUACUACCCACUUGCCCCUCCCUCUCUUUCUAGUGUAGAUAUUGAGGCAAGUGAACCAUACAAAAAAAAAAAAGAAACCGUCGCAGAACAAGUGAUUUUUAUCAAAGAUUCAUACAGAUACAACAUGGGUUCUGUUGGGAACCAGAAUCCAUGGGCACCAUAUGAUACUUAUAAAGACUGUACUCAAGGAAUUUGCAGCAUAUAUUGUCCACAAUGGUGCUACAUAAUAUUCCCACCUCCACCUCCUUUUAAUCUUGGUGGUAGUGAUGAUGGUGGUGAUUCGGGCACAGAUUUUUCUCCUCUUAUCAUUGCUAUUAUUGGUAUCUUGGCAAGUGCUUUCAUAUUGGUAAGUUACUAUACUAUCAUCUCCAAGUAUUGCAGGAGGAGAAACAACGAUGAAGAUAGCAUGACGUAUGAAGUGAGUAAUGAAUCUCUGCAAGGUGCUGGCAAUGGCGGAUUGGAUGAGACACUUAUCAAGUCAAUCACUGUACGUAUAUACAAGAAAGGAGAUGGCUUUAUUGAAGGCAUGGACUGUUCUGUCUGUUUAACUGAAUUUCAAGAAAAUGACAGCCUAAGGUUACUGCCCAAGUGUAACCAUGCAUUUCAUCUUCCUUGUAUUGAUACCUGGCUUAAAUCUCAUGCCAGUUGUCCUCUUUGCCGUGCUCAUAUUGCAUCCGCCAAUAUAUUGCUUGCUCAAGCUCAACAACAGCUACCGCCGCCGCCGUCGCCGCCUACUCAAGAACCACCUCAGCCCAGUAACAGCCCUUCUAUGUCUGCCCUUCAACAUCAAUAUAGGAUGAAUGAAGGCAUUCAAGAUUUAGAAAGGGGUGGUGGUCAAGAAGAAGCUGUGGUUGGCGUCGUUGUUGGUGGUGGCGGUGAUCCUGAUGACCGUGAUACACCAAAGGCAAGGAUUCAAGAUUUCGGAUUAAGUGAAAAUGUAAUUGAAAUUAGAGAUGACGAGGAGGGUGGUGAUGGUGGUGGCAGAAUUCAGCCAAUUAGAAGGUCAGUUUCAUUGAAUUCUUCUUUUCUCUGCCAAAACCAAGUUUCAAUUGCUGACAUACUAAGAAUUAGCGAAGAUGACGACGAUGAUGAUGAUGAUGAUGCUAAUCACCAAAGAAGAGAUUUAGAUAAGAACAGAACAGGGAUCUUGAAUAUGGUUAGAAGUCCUCUUGCUCUGAGAAGAUCAAUUUCAGCAGGAAGAUUCAUAUUCUCAAGGUAUGAUAAAGCCAGCAGGAGUUCUAUUAUUCCUAAUUGAUUUGCCAUUAGCUUUGUUUUUUUUUUUUCCUUUUCUGGAAAGAAAAACCAUUAUUUUUCUUUUCUUUUUCUUUUUCUUUUGUACCAUAAACAGAAUACCAUUGUAGAGAUACUGCACAUAAAAUUGAUAGUGAAUUGAGAUUAUGAGACUUGUACUUUGUUCCUGACCUUAGUUUUAAUCAAUGGGGUCUGUCAGUCAGUCUAUGUUCUUGAAAUGGGAAAUCUUUUUUGGGACCUGAAACUUUGGUCUUGCCUUCAAUUUGAUGAUCAAGUAACAAUUGUUAA